UAUCGUUAUUGAUAUAGGGGACGGUGUCAGUGAUGGCUUUCCAAACCCCAGGAGGUGCAGGACAAGAAAAUAGAAACAGAAGGAUAUUGGAACAAUUGGAAGAACAGAAAAGACGUCUUCGAGGGGGACAUGGUGGAUCAGUUAGUAACCCUAUUCCAAACAGUUCCCCUGCAGUCCCGCCCCCAGUGUCUCUGCCAGGAAAUAUCAGUUUGGUAAUGGAAACCCAGCAUAUGACACCUGCCCAAAGGACGGCUUUACAGCACGCCAAUGCUAACUCAGUGGGGUACUUCAUCACACAGGACUCUUCAUUUGGCAACUUAAUUUUACCUGUCUUACCUAGAUUUAAUGAGAAAUAGCAUUUAUAUUUACCUUUAUCAUUGUAAAUAUCAUUUUGAACAUUUUAAUAAAAAUCAUGUUGCAAAACAAA